CCUGCCCGAGCCGCGGCGGCUGGAACCCGCUCCCUGGCUCUUUACAUCCUCCCCCUUCUCUCGUGCGGCCCCACCGCCGCGCUGGGCCCCCCUCCCCUGCCGUCAUCACGCUCCCCUUCUCCCUUCUUGGCACUUUCCUCUCGAACCAUCCUUCUGGACAAACUUUGAUGGAGAAUUUCACACCACGCUGGAAAAAUGCCGGUUAUGAAAGGAUUACUGGCGCCCCAGAACACCUUCCUGGACACCAUCGCCACCCGUUUUGACGGAACGCAUAGCAACUUCAUCCUUGCGAACGCCCAGGUAGCCAAGGGUUUCCCCAUAGUCUACUGUUCAGAUGGCUUCUGUGAACUUGCUGGAUUUGCCCGAACAGAAGUCAUGCAGAAGAGUUGCAGCUGUAAAUUCUUGUUUGGGGUUGAAACCAAUGAGCAAUUGAUGCUUCAGAUAGAAAAGUCAUUGGAGGAAAAAACCGAAUUCAAAGGAGAAAUUAUGUUCUACAAGAAGAACGGAUCUCCAUUUUGGUGCCUCUUGGAUAUUGUCCCUAUAAAGAAUGAAAAAGGAGAUGUGGUACUUUUUCUGGCUUCAUUCAAAGACAUAACAGAUACAAAAGUGAAGAUUACUCCAGAAGAUAAAAAAGAAGACAAAGCCAAAGGAAGAUCAAGAGCAGGGACCCACUUGGAUUCAGCCCGGAGACGGAGCCGAGCAGUCCUUUAUCACAUCUCUGGCCACCUGCAAAGAAGAGAAAAGAACAAGUUGAAAAUAAACAAUAAUGUUUUUGUAGAUAAACCAGCAUUUCCGGAGUAUAAAGUUUCUGAUGCAAAAAAGUCCAAAUUCAUACUUUUGCAUUUUAGCACUUUUAAAGCUGGCUGGGACUGGCUUAUUCUUCUGGCAACGUUUUAUGUUGCCGUGACCGUACCUUACAACGUUUGCUUUAUUGGCAAUGAUGACCUAUCUACGACUCGGAGCACAACAGUCAGUGACAUUGCAGUGGAGAUUCUUUUUAUUAUAGAUAUUAUUUUAAAUUUUCGAACAACUUAUGUCAGCAAGUCUGGCCAAGUUAUCUUUGAAGCAAGAUCAAUUUGCAUCCACUAUGUCACAACCUGGUUCAUCAUUGAUUUAAUCGCUGCCCUGCCUUUUGACCUCCUGUAUGCUUUCAAUGUCACAGUGGUGUCUCUUGUGCAUCUUCUGAAGACUGUCCGGCUGCUACGUCUUUUGCGUCUCCUGCAGAAGUUGGACCGUUAUUCCCAACACAGCACCAUCGUCCUGACUCUGCUCAUGUCCAUGUUUGCUCUCCUUGCACACUGGAUGGCAUGUAUCUGGUAUGUCAUUGGAAAAAUGGAGAGGGAAGACAACAGCCUUCUGAAGUGGGAAGUUGGCUGGCUCCAUGAGUUGGGAAAGAGACUGGAAUCUCCAUACUAUGGCAACAACACCUUGGGGGGACCGUCGAUCCGAAGUGCCUAUAUCGCUGCUCUGUACUUCACCCUCAGCAGCCUCACCAGCGUUGGGUUUGGGAAUGUCUCUGCUAAUACAGAUGCAGAAAAGAUCUUCUCCAUCUGCACCAUGCUGAUUGGUGCCUUGAUGCAUGCCCUGGUGUUUGGAAAUGUGACAGCGAUCAUACAGAGGAUGUAUUCCAGAUGGUCCCUCUAUCACACUAGAACUAAGGAUCUGAAGGACUUCAUACGUGUCCAUCACCUGCCCCAGCAGCUCAAGCAGAGGAUGCUUGAAUAUUUCCAAACAACCUGGUCAGUCAACAAUGGAAUAGAUUCAAAUGAGCUUUUGAAGGACUUUCCAGAUGAGCUUCGUUCUGACAUCACUAUGCACCUGAACAAGGAAAUCUUACAAUUGUCCCUUUUUGAGUGUGCCAGCCGGGGCUGCCUCAGGUCUCUGUCUCUACACAUCAAAACCUCUUUCUGUGCUCCAGGGGAGUAUCUACUGCGUCAAGGAGAUGCUUUGCAGGCCAUUUAUUUUGUAUGCUCAGGCUCUAUGGAAGUUCUCAAAGACAGCAUGGUGCUGGCAAUUCUUGGGAAAGGGGACCUAAUUGGAGCCAAUCUAUCAAUUAAGGACCAAGUGAUCAAGACAAAUGCGGAUGUGAAGGCGCUAACCUACUGUGACCUCCAGUGCAUCAUCCUCAAAGGGCUCUUUGAAGUCCUGGACCUUUACCCAGAAUACGCUCACAAAUUUGUGGAAGACAUUCAGCAUGACCUCACUUACAACCUUCGAGAAGGUCACGAAAGUGAUGUGAUAUCAAGAUUAUCGAACAAAUCUGCAGUCUCACAGUCAGAGCCCAAGGGAAAUGGCAGCAUCAAGAGGAGACUUCCAUCCAUUGUGGAAGAUGAGGAGGAAGAAGAGGAGGUGGGGGAGGAAGAGGAGACAGCCUCCCUCUCUCCCAUCUACACGAGGGGAUCCUCACGCAGCAAGAAGGCUGGAGGCAGUAAAAGCUAUCUUGGCUUAAGCUUGAAGCAGCUCGCCUCAGGAACAGUGCCAUUUCACUCACCCAUAAGAGUCUCCAGUUCAAACUCCCCGAAAACCAAACAGGAAACAGAAGGCCCUAACCAUAGUAAAAGAAAAGAGAAGAACUUGAAAUUGCAACUUUCAACUUUGAAUAAUGCUGGACCUCCAGACCUCAGUCCAAGGAUUGUUGAUGGAAUUGAAGAUGGAAACAGUAGUGAAGAAAGCCAGACUUUUGACUUUGGCUCUGAACCAAUCAGACCAGAGCCCAGAAUUUCUCCUCCUCUCGGAGACCCGGAGAUUGGAGCUGCCGUCCUCUUCAUCAAAGCAGAGGAGACCAAGCAGCAGAUAAACAAACUUAACAGUGAGGUAACAACAUUGACUCAGGAGGUCUCCCAGUUGGGCAAAGACAUGAGGAAUGUGAUGCAACUUCUAGAGCACGUCCUAUCACCUCAGCAGACCUCUCGGUUUUGCUCUCUGCACACCCCCUCUGUGUGUCCCUCCAGGGACAGCUUACAGACCAGAAUGACCUGGAGUACGCACCAGCCCUGCCGACACCUGCAAGCAGGUGGCACUGCUUAUACCCAAGCACAGCUUUGUCAUGGGAAUGUCACCUCAGACAUAUGGAGUGUGGAUCCCUGCUCUGUGGGGAGCAGCCCGCAGCGAACUGGAGCUCACGAGCAAAAUCCCACAGGUGGCGAACUGCACCAUUCUCCAAACCUUAACUAUUCACCUGCCCACUACCAGGUGGUCCAAGAAGGUCAUUUGCAAUUUUUAAGGUGCAUCUCUCCACAGUCAGAUACCACACUGACGCCUCUGCAGUCCAUCUCAGCGACUCUCUCGUCCUCUGUCUGCUCCUCUUCGGAAACAUCUUUGCACCUGGUUCUCCCCAGCAGAUCAGAGGAGGGCAGCUUGGGCCAGGGAGCCAUGAGUUCCUUCAGCCUGGAAAACCUGCCCGGAUCUUGGGACCGGGAAGGAGGGGCAUCCAUCUCUACGGAACCCUUGGAGAACUUUCCUCUGGAAGUUGUCACAAGCACAGCAGAAGUGAAAGAUCAUAAAGCCAUCAAUGUAUGACAUUAGUGCACAUGAGGCAGUGGCCAGCUUCCAUCCCAUCCCUGCAUGACGGCUCUGGUUUGCCUUUAUUGCCUCUGGCAGCCUGAAGACUGGACAGAGCUGAGAGCCCUGUGGAAGAGAGCGUGGGGAGCCAGGCAAAGGCAGAACCACCUCCAUACUGUAGCAGACACUUCCUAGAUCCUAGAAACAAAAUAGGAACACUUUCCUGUACAGGUAUUAACUUACUGGUCUCUUUGACAGACUUUGGUAAAAGUCCAAAGACCCUGAGGGUCUAGCAGCUAGAAGUCCCAGACAAAGAAUGUGUGGAUGCGUUUUGUCCUUAGGGGGCUUUUGUCAAGUGCGGCUAAGGUUUUUUCCUGAGUGCCCGUGUGUCAUUCCUGAACAAUAUCCAUAGCACUGUGGGCCUUGGGGGUGCGCAGUUCCUGCUGGUCUAUUUUUCAAAUAGAGAAGGCAAAGGGACAAUUAUCACUGCAUGUCAUCUCCUAGACAAUCAGUCAAAUAGAGCCGGUGGCCAGUGGUCAGCUAUUGCACGUUAUUUGCCAUGUAAAUGAAUAUGUCUUUAUUUAUCAAAAAAAAGAGAGAGGCUAUUUUUAUAUCCUUGCUAUGAAAUACUGUAUUUAACUAUUUAAAAUAUUUAUAAAGAAAUGAAUGUUUUCAUUUUGGUAAAAAAAAAAAAAAAAGCUUGCUGUUUUAACAAGAAAUGCACUACUGUUAUGUAUAGUAGAUCAAAAGUUAUUUAUUAUUAAGAGGCUGUAGUUUCUAAAGGAACCCUCCCUUUUACCUGCAUGCAGUUUGCUACAAAUGUACCCUCACGCUUCUGGAUGACACAGAAAAAGUGAGGACCUAUUUUAUUAAUGAAAUAAAAACACGGACUGCGUGUCCAGCAUGGUAGUAGGGUGGGCUCAACCUGGUCUCUGCUGAUUCAUGUAACAGCCUGAACGGAGGCCUUCCCCACUGAGCCAGCAUACAUGUGGCUCCUGCAGCCAUCCUCCCUUGUGGUUCUGGAACCCAGAAUUGGUCUGCAAGGAUAAUAUCACAAUUUCUUAGAGCUCUUUUGGCCUCAAAAUGAGGGAGAAAACCUUGUGUGCACCCUUCCUCUGUGCUGUUCUUUUCAGGAGAGCUUGUGUAGACAGAGCAAAUCCCAGAGACGAGCCAAGAUUUCUGAGCUAUGAUUUGUGAGCUUUGUAUCAGCACUUGAAUUUCUUUUUUCUUUUUUUCUUUAGAGCUCUCAACCAUGCUGAAGUUAUGCAGAACAGGUGUUUGCAUUCUCAUUGUGCAGAGAGAAAAAAACAAUCAAGUUCGAGAGAUUGCACAGUUAGGAUGCUGGAGACAGUCUAGAACUGAUAAUGCUUCCUGCAUCUCAGCCAAUAUGCAGAUUCAGGUGCCGGCAGGGUGAUGAUGUAGAUGCCUUUGCCGAAGGUUUAUUUUAUGGUUUCAAAACAUUAGGGACUCAGCAUCCCAGAUGUUCUUAGAAAAUAUACUGAGUUCACAUUCUAGAAUCCCCUUGUCCUUAUUCUCCACCGCAGAGAAUACACAAUUUGAAACUUGCAUUUAUUAAAAACAUCUACACA